AUGAUUAAGCCGCAGUCUCUCGAGCAUGGCCGCAAGCAGCGUUACCUGUUUGGAUUGCUCCUCAAUCGUGUUCGAAAGGAGCGCGAGCUUGAUCGAGAACGUCUUCGCAAGAUUGCCCAGCAAGAGGUGGCGGAGCGCAUUCUCCAGAAGGAGAUUGAAGAGUGCGUGCUUCAGAAGGAGGUGGGAGAACGUGAUCACAGCGAUCUUCAGCCGGAGCCAGUGGAAGAUGAUUGGAGUGAUGAAAGCGAUAAGGAGGAUGAGGAGGGUAUAGAGGAAAUAUCGGCGGGUCCUGUGUCACCGCGUACGCUUCGCGCCCCUACGGAAGCGGCUUCGAAGGUUGCCGAGGCAGAAUCUGCAGCUCGUGACGCCAAAUUGGCCGCUGAGGCUGCCCUGGAGUUAGAUUGUGUGCUGGUUGCGCAGAACGAUCGCGAACGCUCGACUUUGUCGUCCAUCGUGGCUGAAUAUGCUGACGUUGAAUUGCUGCGUGAGAACGAGCGGCUGAAGCAGCAGCGGGUAUUGCAGCUCCAGACAAAGCUAGUGCGGUCUCAAGAGGUGUCACUUAUUUCUGCCAAGGUGGUCGACAGCCGAUUUUCUUACCGUGAAGGUCGCCAGUUUGUCGAGUACAAGCUGCAAAUCGAGACCAACACGCGUGGCACAUUGUAUGUGUGGCACUGGUACAGCACGUUCCGUAACCUGGCUGCUACUCUCCGGACUGAGAAUGGAUACAAACGCAAGGAGAUACCGGAGCUGCCAAACAAGCAGCUGUUUGGCAACUUUUCCGAAAAGAUUAUUUCGGACCGUGUGGCGAAGCGGAACCAGUUCCUUGAGGCUGCCACGAACGCCGAGUACCUCCAGUGGGGUAUCCUUGUGGACCAGGACACGUGCGUGUACAAUCAUCGUGUGAAGAGCGCCUCAAGGGAAAGCAUGUCAACUGCUAGUAUGCAGUCGUCGUCACCGCGUUCAUCAUCCCGGUUGUCGAUGAAGUCAUUCAGCUUCCGUCGGGGCAGUACAGCUGGCAAUUGA